CAAAUAGAACUCGAUUGAAAUCCUUUCAACAAUGUAGAUAUACUUGCUUACGGAUGGUCUCAAGUGCGAAGAAAAUGGAGAUGCGUUUCAUUUUUCAAAUUUGCCUAAUUAUUUCUUUAAUUUAUUGUGCAUUACCUCGUUUAGUGAAACAAGGUAAAAACAUAGUUCAAGAAUGUCUCAACAACAUCGACUGCGAGAAUGUAGCGAUUACAGAUUUGGAACCAGUUCAAGUAGGACGAUUUAUACAGGGAAUAAAUGACAUGUUUUACCACCGAGAACAAAUUAUAAAUCGAACGUAUAAUCAAAUGCUUAAACAAGAAAAACUAAAGAAAGUAAAGCUCAGCCCACGAAUGAUCAUUGAUGAUAUUGAAGAUGAUUUUGAUCAUGAAUACCAAGUGGCAGCGAGUGAAUUCCAAAAUAACCUCACCAAACUACAGUCGAAUAUCAACCAAGUCAUUGGUAAAAUUAAUUACAUAACCAAUAAAUUGGAUAUUAAUAACCGAGGCUUGACGUCAGAGGAACGUAAAGAGUUGGAAAAACAAUUGGAUGGAAAGAAAACGGAACUAGAAAAAAAUAGCAAAGACGCAAAGAACCUCGAAUAUUAUCGAUCACCUUUACCUUUCUCAGAUCCGUUAACGGAUCUGAGAAAACAACGAAUUGAAAGGAGGGCAAGAAAAUGGCAUUGGAGAUAUUAUUACUGUCCCAAAGAUGAUGAUAUGAUCAAGUUACGAUUACGUCUCGAAAAAGAAUACAUCAAGUAUUCGAAUUCUGAGGAAUUCAAAGUUGUACCGAAGAGUUUGGAAGAAUUCACAAUGGAUUUAUUUCAAGUUAUUGGUAUGGCUCACCAAUCAGGCUCAGCUGUUGUACAUGGUGAUGGAAAAAUAUCGGCUGAACAAGAUUUCUCAUUAGUUGAAUUCUUUGGAAAUGCAUACCGGGACCGACUUUUGACUACGUUCAUUAAUGCCGUUGGAUUAAAAAAACCCUUUAAUGUGGACAUAUUCGAACCCAAGAAUAGACCUACUAGUACUACCCCAACUAGUACUACCCCAUUGGAGAAAAUUUCACCCUGGAAAGUUCGACAUAAGUAAAUAGUUGUGUUUAAAGCAAAAAUAUUAAAAUUCAAAAUGUUUUUUUUUUUUUGUUCAAUAAACUCCGUUUUUUUUCAACUCUCAUUUUUUGAAUAAAAAACGUGUUUUUU